AAUCAUAAUAAAACUUGGAUAAAAUUAUUGCAAAACAAAAAAAUAAAGCCAUUUGUUAAGCUUGUGCAUGGGCGGUUAAUUAAUUCUACAUAAAUAUAUUGUUUGUAAAAAGUUUUUCAUUUGCCAAACAAUAUCAGACUGGUGCUAGCAAGUUAUAAAACAUAACUCAACAAGCAAACAAAAAAAAAAAAAAUAUUACGCGACCAUUUCUGGAUAUGUCGCAAGAAUUAAAUAAUAGUGCUGAACUUGAAUUGGAAGAUCAACAAGAACAGCGUGUACUUCAUAUGGAUGAGCUAACCGCUAAAAUCGACAAAGUACUCACGCAUCAGCAUGAACUAAUAGCAAUGGUUAGAAAAGCGUCUAAACAAAAUAUAUUGCCUUUAACUAGCAAAAAAGAAGAAUUGGGUCCUUUUAAGCACGAUAUAUCCAGCAAUGCAGUAGGACAUUUGCCAGCUUUCAAAUGUCUACUCGAACGCAAAAGUAUGCAUCAGUUUUAGCGCCAUAAUAUUUUCAAAACAAAAAACUCGGAAUGAUACAACUUAUGUUGGAUGAGUGCUUCAUACUAUUUUACAUGUACUUGACAGUUUUCCUUUCCAGAUGCAAUAAAAUUCGACGAUUAUACAAAUUUAGUUCAUAAAAAGGCGCUGUGCUCAGUAAUGCUGGGUUAAAUAAAAAUUCCUCUCAUAUUUUUUUUUUUUGUGAGAAUAUUCUUUCGGUUGUGAAUCAUAUGUAUUAAAUAUAUGUUUUUAGAAACAAGAGUAAAUAUUUUUAUUUAC